CGCAUUUCGAAUGCAUUUUCAAAAUUAACAAGCAUCUCUUUAUAGUUUUAACACACUAUUUUUGAUCCAAAAUUUAGAUUUCAUUUCUUCUCCGGCUAAAUUAGUUUUGACGAGAGUUUUUUUUACCGCUUACAAUUAUAGAGUCAAUACCAAAUAAAGAAUGGCAGUACAAUUUGAGUGCGGUGAUUUUCUACUCUUUCAGGCACAUUUGAAGAAAAUGCGAGAUUUAGACGACAAAAUUAUUUAUGUAUUAAACACAUCAAUACCGACUGAAUCGUUCAAAGGGCAACUAAAUGCAAGCGAUAAAUGCACCGAUUUGUAUGACCAACUGAAUUCAACGUAUGACAGCCGAAAUAAAAUCAUUAAAAAUUGCAUUGCGGUUACGGCGAACCGUGUGAAGGAGCUGAAAACUAAAAAAGACAGCGAUGCAGACGAUAUCACUGUGUACAAAGACUUCAAAUCGGAACAGCGAAAGUUGCGAGUACUGCAAUCGGAGUUAAAUGUAGAAGACAUAAUCAAGGAACGCACCAUGAAAAUUUUCUACGAAAAAUGCCGUACGUUCAUCAAACAAUAAUGGUGAAUAGUUUCAAUGAAAAAUUAGCUGCAAUUCAGACAGACACAACAUCCGACUGGAGUUCCUCCAUUUCAAACCAUUGUUUUUUUUAGUAUUUGAGAUUUUCUUCCAACACACGAAUAAAGUAAUUUUAGAAACAAUAAAGAGAAUUUAAAUCACGAA